GGAAUGCUGCAUCAUUAUUUCAACAGAGGCUCCGCUUCGACUGAGAAAACGCUUUCCUCAAACGGUAACUCGUUCUUUUACCAAUCAUUUUUGAUUACUGACCCCUGUCCUUUGCUUCUCCCCUCGCUCUAUCUCUUCCCUUCACGUGUUCUGUCACAUUCCCUCAUUUCCCUUUCAUUUGUCUGUUUCUUUAUACACCUCUGCAACCCCACCCUCUGCCUUUCUCUCCCCGGCUCCCUCAGCCCCACCCUCACUGCCUUUCUCUUUCUGUUUCCCCGGCUGGUUGUGCCCCCACCCCUCCCUCUCUCCCCCCACCCCCUCCCUCCUACCUAUACCGGUGAGGCGGGGAUGGAGCUGUUUGACUGAGGGAGGACGAUCCGAUCGGCUGGAUCGUCGGUGAUCGCUGCUGUAGGAGCCGGGCGCCGGUGCGGGCGAAGACAUGUCCUGUGAGAGACUGUGUACCAUCCUCCGAAUCAUAGCAAGCACCUUGUUUGCUUUGUCAGUGUUGGGGGCCAUUACCUGCACCUAUGUGAAGGGAUAUCAGUUUGGCUACACCGAGAAUUACCACCUGUCUUUCGGGCUGUAUGGAGCCAUCCUCGCUCUACAUCUUUUCAUUCAGAGUCUCUUUGCCUUCUUGGAGCAUAGGAGGAUGAGGAAGGAGAAUCGACCCCUCAAAUUUACCAAGUCAGUUGCUCUUUGUAUUGCCGCUUACCAGGAGGACCCAGAUUAUCUCAAAAAAUGUCUGACAUCAGUGAAGCGGAUUGCAUAUCCCAAUCUCAAGGUGGUGAUGGUCAUUGAUGGCAACAGCGAGGAGGACAUUUACAUGAUGGAGAUAUUCAAUGAACUCAUGGGUUUGGAGAACACUGGCUCCUAUGUCUGGAAGAGUAAUUACCACGAGAAGGGAACUGGAGAGACUUACAUUACCUUCAGUGAGGGCAAGAGGAGGGUGGAGGAAAUCGUUACUCAGUCUAAAUUCUCUUGCAUCAUGCAGAAGUGGGGAGGGAAGCGAGAGGUGAUGUACACAGCAUUCGCCGCACUUGGGGAUUCCGUGGAUUAUAUACAGGUGUGUGAUUCAGACACAGUAUUGGAUCCAGCCUGCACUGCAGAGAUGGUGAGAGUCCUGGAUGGAGACCCCAGUGUAGGGGCAGUUGGUGGGGAUGUGCAGAUCCUAAACCUGUAUGACUCAUGGAUCUCCUUCCUAAGCAGUGUCCGUUAUUGGAUGGCCUUUAACGUGGAGCGGGCAUGUCAAUCCUACUUCGGUUGUGUACAGUGCAUAAGUGGACCGUUGGGCAUGUAUCGCAACCCCCUGCUGCGGCUUUUCCUGUGUGAUUGGUAUAACCAGCAGUUUCUGGGCUCCAAGUGCAGCUUUGGAGAUGAUCGACACCUCACCAAUCGAGUACUGGGCCUUGGCUUCAAGACAAAAUAUACAGCCCGCUCCCGCUGCCUGACUGAGACGCCAAGCCGUUAUCUUCGCUGGCUCAACCAGCAGACCCGCUGGAGUAAAUCUUACUUUCGUGAGUGGCUGUAUGGUGCACUCUGCUUCCAUAAGCACCACCCAUGGAUGACAUAUGAGGCCGUGGUCAGUGGUUUCUUCCCCUUCUUCCUGACAGGCACUGUGCUGCACCUCUUCUACAGGGGACGGAUGUGGAACAUUCUGCUGUUUUUGCUGGCUGUGCAAGGGGUGGGGGUGCUGAAGGCUGGUUUUGCUUGCCUGCUCAGGGGAUCGGCACAAAUGCUCUUCCUGUCCCUCUACUCACUGUUGUAUAUGACCAGUCUCCUGCCCGCAAAGCUCUUUGCCCUGCUUACCAUCAACCGGCCUGGCUGGGGAACAUCAGGCCGGCGCAAGCUUGUUGUUAACCUUGUGGGUCUGCUGCCUGUAUCUGUCUGGUUUGCCGUGUUGUCUGGGGGUUUGGGUUACACCAUCUACCGGGAGAGCCAGCAGGCACUAGCUGACACUGAAUGGCCUUUCCUCAUUAUUGGCUCCACUGUAUAUGCCUGUUACUGGCUGCUGCUGCUUGGCCUCUACUUGGGUAUCGUAGUCAAACCAUGUGGUCACAAGCAAGAGCAUGGUGAACUGGUCUUCUUGGAGGCCUGAAGCCCAGGUCGUGCUGUCACAAAGCCACACAGGGACUGCCUACUCUAUGGCACUACCUGCAUGUAUGCCGCCCACUAGGGCUUUUGACAACGUCAAAGCCACUGCUGAGGAGUCCAGGAGCAAUAUUUUAAUUCCAAUUUGGUAAUUUUUACUUGUUUAAUAAACAAUAACGUAAAUGUUUUAAAAAUUGCAUGGAACAAUAUUUCCAUUGCAAGUAGUUGUUUGAUAGUAUAGGACUUGCAUAUAGUCUUUUUCCCAGGGAUGGGGAAUUGAAAAACUAGAGAGCACAGGUUUAUGAUGAGAGGGGAACUUCUUCUCAUAGAAAGUAGUGCAUAUAUGGAAUGGGCUACUGGAGAAAGUGGUUGAGCUAUGUACCAUCUCCACUUUUUAAAAAAAAAUUUGAAUUGGUACAGGGAUGGAAAGGAUUUUGAGGGAUAUGGACCAAAUGCAGACAAUUGACACUCGCUGAGUGAGCACCAUGAUCAACAUGGACUAAUUUGGGUCGAAGGAUCUGUUUCCGUGCUGUAGUACUCUAUGACUUGAGUAGUGUUUUAAAAAAGAUACAUUUUGUCAAAGCUUUUCAUCUUCCACUCAUCACACUGUAGAAGAGCAAAUUGUGAUUGACAAGUGAAAUGUGAUUGGAGGAACUAUCAAAUGAGCUUUCCAUGAGAUCCUUGCUGAGAAAUCAGCCAAGGGCUUCUCUACUACCGUCCAUUGCAAACCAACUUCACUAGACAGUUUACAUUGUGAGUCCUAUAUGCUAUAAGAUUGGCCUUAUUGGCAAAUUAUCAAUGGGACCUGAGACAUUUGUUCACCUUUAAAACCUGAUGCUGAAAUGAGAAGACAUGCUAAAAGUUAAUGCCUGUCUUAACUAGAUCAUUUUCUGCUGAAUAUUUUAAAAACAACAGCUUCCUAGGCCAUCACUUUUGGUCCUGAAGAGUUACCCGGUCUACCUCAGAUAUUUAAGUAACAGUUGAAGCUAUCUGUUUAAUGCUGUUACUAUAUAGUAGCAACAUGAGUGGUGUUCAGCACUAAAUUGAUACUACUGUCAGGCCAAAAAGAUGCUCUGCCUUUCACACAAUUGAGUAAUGUGCUAUAACAAGUUCAGGGCCAGUGUGAUGCCAUGUUUAAAUAGGGCAAAGUCAGCAUGGUUUAAUUAAG